AUGACUCUUAUCGGUUAUGAUAGCUGGGUACGCGCAAUUGCUUUCCACUCUUGGUGGGAAGUAUCUUCUUUCGCCCCUGAAGUUGCGAAAGACAUUGGCAAUGGCAUUCCUCAAAGGUUGGAAGGCUCAGAAAAGCCUCAAAGCAAAAUAAGUAAAAGAGGCCAGCCCGGAAUACAACCUCGUUGCGUGCUAGCUACGGGAAGCGCGGAUCACAAGAUACAAGUCUUUGGCUAA